CCCAGGCCGGGGAGGCCCUGCCCUUCAGGCACCUCCAUGGAGUAAGAAGGAGGUUCUAGAAAUGAAAAGGGAAUUCCAGUUUCCCCACUUGGUAAAUACUCCAGCUGUCGGAGAUGUGUUUCCCUAGUGUGAGACUAAGCUACUGCAUUCUGUCUGGGUCUGCUCCGUGACCGCUAACUUUGCUUUGACACGACAGCUUAAUCACAGUGGCCUUUUAAAAGUUAAAACACUUCAGUAGAGGAAAUUUUAUGUCUUUCAGCUCCUCCUCCUCCUCGUGGUGCCUCAGCCUAUGAAGUUCAAGUUGUUUGAUCGAUUACAAAUCAGUGGUUCCUGCCAGCUGUUAGAGGAGACAUCCCUCCAGGCUGUGCUGCCCAUGGAUUUGUCUGUGAUGGUACCAGAAUAUUGGUAUUUGGGGGAAUGGUUGAGUAUGGAAGAUACAGCAAUGAGCUGUAUGAGUUACAAGCAAGUCGUUGGUUAUGGAAAAAAGUGAAGCCCCAUCCCCCUUCUUCUGGGUUGCCUCCUUGUCCUAGGCUUGGACAUAGCUUCUCUUUAUAUGGGAACAAAUGCUAUCUGUUUGGUGGCUUGGCAAAUGAAAGUGAAGAUUCAAACAAUAAUGUUCCUAGAUAUUUAAAUGAUUUCUAUGAGUUGGAGCUGCAGCAUGGCUCUGGUGUUGUGGGUUGGAGCAUUCCAGUGACUAAAGGAGUUGUACCUUCUCCGAGAGAAUCCCAUACGGCAGUUAUAUAUUGCAAGAAAGAUUCUGGAAGCCCGAAAAUGUAUGUUUUUGGAGGAAUGUGUGGUGCUCGCCUGGAUGACUUGUGGCAACUUGACUUAGAAACAAUGUCUUGGUCAAAACCAGAAACUAAAGGGACAGUGCCACUCCCACGAAGCCUUCAUACAGCCAGUGUUAUAGGAAACAAGAUGUACGUUUUUGGUGGAUGGGUUCCACAUAAGGGGGAAAAUAUUGAGACUUCGUCUCAUGAUUGUGAAUGGAGAUGUACCAGUUCAUUUUCUUACCUAAAUCUAGAUACAGCAGAGUGGACAACCCUUGUAUCCGAUUCUCAGGAAGAUAAAAAAAAUUCACGACCAAGACCAAGAGCUGGACAUUGUGCUGUUGCAAUUGGCACUCGAUUAUAUUUCUGGAGUGGAAGAGACGGUUAUAAAAAAGCACUGAAUAGUCAAGUUUGCUGCAAAGAUCUUUGGUAUCUUGAUACUGAAAAACCGUCAGCACCAUCGCAAGUGCAGUUGAUCAAAGCUACCACCAACUCUUUCCAUGUCAAAUGGGAUGAAGUGCCGACGGUUGAGGGCUAUCUUUUGCAGCUGAACACAGACUUGCCAUGCCAAGCUCCAUCAUUAGAUUCUUCAGCAGCACUGACUAUGCCGGGAGUCAGGAAGGACCCUCACAGACAAGGCACUAACAGCAUCAUUCCUAACAGUAUCAGUGAUACAGCAAACAGUACAAAGGCUGAAUAUACAACCAUAAAAGGAACUUUAGUGAAAAACAAAGCAGACUUCAAAGCAUCAACAGAUUCUAAUGCUUCCUUGCAUUCGUCUCUGGUAUCCAGUGCUUCUAGCCAUAGCAGCAUGGAAGAUAUGACAAGGAAAAGUGAAGGUCCUCACACUUCAGCAAACAUAGGUGCAUUAAGUAGCUGCCUGAACUUAAGAACAGUAGUCUCUGAAACUUCUAUGUCCAGUACUGUUUCCAGCACACAAACUAUGGUAACCCAGCAGUCCAUUAAAACUGAAUCCUGCAAUACAAACGGGGCAGUGGUUAAAGAUGAAGCCUCACUACCAGCAUUCCGCACCAAAGCUGAAGUUGAUGAAACAUGUGCUCUGCCUGCAAGUAAGAUCAGCCGUGUUGAGACACAUGGUGCAGCAAUGCCAUUCUCUAAAGAAAUUCCUUCACAUCCAGUUGCCACAGUGAAAGCAGGAGAACGACAGUGGUGUGAUGUGGGAAUUUUUAAAAAUAAUACAGCUUUGGUGAAUCAGUUUUACCUGCUGCCAAAAGGGAAGCAAAGCAUCUCAAAGGUAGGAAAUGCAGACGUACCUGACUACAGUUUGCUUAAGAAACAAGAUCUUGUUCCAGGCACAGGAUACAGAUUCCGGGUUGCUGCAAUUAAUGGUUGUGGAAUAGGCCCUUUCAGCAAAAUUAGUGAAUUUAAAACUUGUAUUCCUGGUUUUCCUGGAGCUCCUUCUGCAGUUAGAAUUUCAAAGAACGUUGAAGGUAUCCAUCUUUCCUGGGAACCUCCAACUUCACCUUCUGGAAAUAUUCUGGAAUAUUCAGCCUACUUGGCUAUUCGCACAGCACAGAUACAAGAUAAUCCAAGCCAGCUUGUGUUUAUGAGGAUUUAUUGUGGUCUUAAAACAUCAUGUAUAGUAACUACUGGGCAGCUUGCAAAUGCACAUAUUGAUUAUACAUCCAGGCCUGCCAUUGUGUUCAGGAUAUCAGCAAAGAAUGAAAAGGGAUAUGGACCAGCUACACAAGUCCGAUGGCUUCAAGGAAGAAGCACCUUAAUAAGAAACGAGUUUUGAAAUAGUGUCUGAAACAUUUGUAAGAUUUUUGUAAAUGCUCUAAAUGUUUUAUUUUUGCAUUGUUUUUAUCUCAAAAUUGUAUAAAACUUUUUUACAAUGGAAAUAGAAGCAUUAGACAGCUCACUCAGGUCCCGUUACAACCUUCAAGUGCAGAUGGACCUCAUGAACACUGCUGCAGGUGGCUUGCCUAAACCUGUUGGAAAUGUCAUGGUUCCUCUGCCUGUUCAGACCGGGAUGAACAUGUAAGCAAUAAUGGCAGAUGGGAGGUUUCAGACUAAGAUCUGCAAUAACUGCAGGGGCAAAGGUCUAUCUGUUAAUAUCACAUAACCUUCUGCCAGUUUAGGUUGACCGAGUAGCUGUGGCCUCAAAUUUUACGUACAACACUCCCAGCAAAGAUGAUCUAAUUGUGCAGAAUUGAUAUAUAUGUGUGUUCCAGUUACUAAUUUAAAAUGUAUAGAGUAUUUUAAUAUAUAAUUUUUGUAAAGAAUGGGGUUUUUAUACAGCAGUAUUUGUAAUUAAUGUGUCUCACUAAAUUUCUCUUGAAAAAAUAUGCAAACUGUUAGACAUACAGUGAGUGGUUUCUGAACUCUAAAGAUAAAAUAAAUGCACUACUAUGGUGUUAUUAGUACUUUUUGUGGCUGUAUGACUCUUUAAUCUUGAAAUGUGUAUUUUACAAAUAAUGUUUACAAGGAGCUUCUCUGGUUGUUUAUUUUAGCAACUUCCUUGGUGAGAGCUUCAUCUGCAUUUUUAACUCAUAUGCUUUGCUUUUGGCAUAUGCUUGCUUUUUGCACUAGUAGAAUAUUAACUUACCUCAUUAUUAUGUUUGUAAUCAUUUGUAUAGCUUCCAUAAUGUGUCUGAUAUAGGAUAAAAAGACUUAACCAAAGUUAAAAUUAAAAUAAAUGGUAAGCAAUUUUGCACAUAUUAAAUGCUAGGGUUUGUUGUGUGUGUGUAUAUAUAUAUAUAUAUGCUUAGUUAUAAAAAGAAAAGAAUUGAAAGUUGUGUGUUUCAAGCCCAAUUAUUUUAAUGAUCUAGUUGUUUUAUUAGAACAGUUCUCUUAACCCUUACUCCUCAGUAAUUAAUCAGUUUUAUCUUAAAGCAUUUCUCUUAAUGACAAACGAGUAAGUUACCUUUCAGCAAAAAAA